CCUAACCGAAUCCUCAGAAUCCCAAAUGCCGGCGACGACGGACGAACCGGUCACAAAGCCGAUGGCGACGACGGCGAUGAUGGUGAUUGACGAGACUUAUGAGUUCUCCGCGCCGCGCUUCUUCGAUUUCACCAAGGAGGAGAGCGACGGCGACAAGAACAAGGCCGAGCUCUGGUUCGACAACGCUCGCCCCUACGCCCCUUCCCCCUUCAUGCCUAGAAUCAAGACUGGUAGAUCUUUUACAGUAGAUAGCAUGUGCGACUUUACUGAAGCAGAACCUAUGCAGAAGAACCUUGAAUCAUCAUCUGAAGUAAAAGCUGCUGAUGGUUCUAUGGAAACUAAGACUGAUUUGAAGAACACUCCUGAAUUGAAGGAAGAAAUAAUUCCCAGCAAGGCUAAAGAAGAAAACAGUGCAGGACAAUGCACUAUGAUUUAUGCUGAUAAUCUAGACGACACGUGCUCUAAGAAUGAUGGAAGUGUUUUGUCCACUGCAGUAUCUUUGAAUGAGCAAACUGAUAUGACUAAUCAGAAGGAGAAUAGUAAUUACAUAGCAUGUACUCCAAAACCACCAAUGAAUAUAUCCAAGAAGGGAGAUAUUCUAAGUGAUACUAAAAAGCUCCAGACAGCUAAAAAGAUAUCAAGCAUGGUUAGGAACCCAUCAGGGUUAAGGGGAAAAGGUCACUUGACCUCUUCACAAGCUAAACCGUGUACUAUGAAAAGAGAAGAAAAUGUGAAAAAUGCAACUGGCACAUCCAUGUUAGCUCAGGAGAAUCAGGCAAUUAAACGACAGAAGUUGGAUGGAGGAAGAUCAAGACAGAUUCUUAAUCCGAAACCCCAAACAUUGCCCCACAAAUCAAAAUCGGGUUAUACCACUGGCAUACAUUCUUCAACUGCUACGAAAAUCCAAAAAGAGGACAGGAAGAUGUAUCUUCGGGAAGCAGUAGCACCCUUUGUUUCAAUGGCAGAAAUGAUGAACAGGUUCCAAUCAAGUACCAGAGACUUGUCACUGCCACAUGCUAAUGGUUCUCUUUCACAUAUGAAGCCCAAACUCACCUUAACAAGGCCCAAGGGGCCAGAAUUUGAGACAUCCCAGCGUGUCCGCUCAGUAAAAAUAAAGAGUGCUGCUGAGCUUGAAGAAGAGAUGAUGGCCAAAAUUCCAAAGUUCAAGGCUCGCCCAGUAAACAAAAAGAUCCUUGAAGCCCCAUCAUUACCUGCAAUGUCAAGAAGUACCCCUCAGCCACCUGAAUUCCAGGAAUUCCAUUUAGAGACUAUGGUAAGGGCUAAUCAAAAUGCAGAAACAGCCUCAGUGGCUUCAAUAGAUGUAUCUCGACAGAGUAAACAAUCAAAGCCCCAUUAUCUGACUGAACCUAAAACUCCUGUGCUACAUACGUUAUUGAGGGCCCGUCCACCCAGGGUGAAAACUUCUUCGGAAAUUGAGCAGGAAGAACUUGAAAAGAUCCCAAAAUUCAAGGCAAGGCCUUUGAAUAAGAAGAUAUUUGAAAGUAAAGGAGAUCUCGGGAUGUUCUGCAAUGCUAAGAAACAUGUGACAAUACCUCAGGAAUUUCACUUUGCAACAAAUGAAAGAAUACCACCACCUUCAGCCAUUCAUGAUCUAUUUGAUAAGUUGUCUUUGAACUCAGAGCCCCAACAGAAUCCAGUUCCAAGAAAGACAAUGCCAAACCCAUUCCAUCUUCAUACAGAGGAAAGAGGGGCCGAGAAAGAAAAGAAGUUUUAUACUGAAGUUAUGCAAAAGCAAUUCGAGGAAGAAAGAGCCAGGGUUCCAAAAGCUAAUCCUUAUCCUUAUACUACUGACUAUCCUGUGAUCCCACCAAAACCAGAGCCCAGGGAAUGCACAAAACCAGAACCCUUCCAGUUAGAGAGCUUAGUGAGACAUGAGGAGGAAAUGCAAAAAGAAAUGGAAGAAAGGCGGAGGUUAGAGAUGGAGGAAGCUCAGAUAAGGGUUUUCAAGGCCCAACCGAUCUUAAAAGAGGACCCAAUUCCUGUUCCAGAGAAAGUUCGGAAGCCUCUAACACAAGUUCAAGAAUUCAAUCUGAAUGUUAAUAACCGGGCAGUGCAAAGAGCUGAAUUUGAUCACAAGGUGAAGGAGAAAGAGACAACAUAUAAGAGAUAUAGAGAAGAAAGUGAAGCAGCAAGGAUGAUGGAGGAAGAGAAAGCUUUAAAACAUCUGAGACGGACGAUGGUACCCCAUGCAAGACCAGUGCCUAACUUUGAGCAUCCAUUCUGCCCCCAGAAGUGUCCAAGGGAAACAACAAAGGCAAAGUCACCAAACCUUCGGGUGCUGCAACGUCAAGAACGGCGAAGGAUGCUCCAAUCCGCCACGUCUAGCGCUGCUGCACAGAUGAGAUGAUUAGAGUUCACCAACUAGUUUCAAGAUGGUUUCGUUUGUUCAAGAACCUUUGAACCCUGUACAAGGGCAUAGUUCAUAGUUGUAUCAGUCUCCAACAAUGCAAACUGAACAAAAUCACUGUAAAGUUUCAGUUGGAAUGAAACUGAAUGUAAUUCUUUGAAUUUGUUUGAAGAUGUGAUGAUGUUUU